AGCGGUGGGGCUCUAGUUCCCGCACCCUGUGGGGCAGCUGGCUCAGCCGCUCCUGUGUCGGCAUGGUCGCUACAGCAGGGGGGCUCGUUAGCUGCAGUCGCUGCCGGCUCUGGCUACAGCUAAGGGAGGGAGGCGGCUGCUCCGUCGCUUUGCCCUGCGGGCUCCGGGUUGAACUUCCUGGGUCAGAAGCUGAAGCUGCCGCUGCCGCCAUCUAUUGCGAUCCCGGAACCGGACUUAUCAGCUGCUGCCCCGCGGGGUUGUCCCAUGCCCUCCAGAGACAGGGAAGGGAAAUGACUGCAGCGGAGCUGGUGACCUUCGAGGAAGUGGCUGUGUAUUUCUCUGAGGAGGAAUGGGCUCUGCUGGACCCGGGUCAGAGAGCCCUCUACAGGGACGUCAUGCAGGAGAAUUAUGAGACUGUGACCUUGCUGGGCCAGGGAGGAGAUGACGCUGAGUGGCCUGAAGGUGUCUACUACGAAGGGAAAAGUGCUGGUGGCGUGGAAGAGGUGAACCUCUCCAUGACUCUUGGGCGUAUGCAGCGACAGCAGAUCCAGGAGCUGUGCACUAGCUACGUGCCAACGUUCUCAGCCACCCCAGAACUGGCUGAACGGGCAUACCACUCCAUUGACACAGGAUUUCUGAUUUUCAAACCUGACGUCAUCUCCUGGCUAGAGCAAGGAGAGGAGCUGUGGCUUCCUGGUCUCCAUGGAUACAAGGAAAGAGAGAUCCCAAGAAACACCCACACAGCAGGUGAUGGGACGGUGAGUGAGACUGAGGAGGAGAAUCCUGAGCAGGAAGGUCCUGAGCGAGUGGAACCACAGGGGACAGUACUGGAAAGAGCCGAAGGGGAUGUUUCCCAGAGUCAUGAGGAGGAAGAAGCCCAUGAGGGUCAGAGCAGGCUAGAGACAGAGCAAGGAAACCACUCAGAGGAGAGACAGGGUAAAUCUAGAGGAAUCAGGAAAAUCAAAGAAACUGUUCAACAGAGAAUCCCCACUGGAGAGAGAUCCUACACGUGUGGUGACUGUAGGAGAAGCUUCCAAUACAGAUCAGCCCUUAUUAGACACCAGAGAAUCCACACAGGGGAAAGACCCUACAAGUGUCUCGACUGUGGGAAAAGCUUCAGACAAACCUCAGCCCUUAGUAAACAUCAUACAGUCCACACGGGAGAGAGACCCUAUGAGUGUCUAAAGUGUGGGAAAAGCUUUCGUCAGAGGUUCCACCUUGUUAAACAUCAGAGAAUCCACACGGGAGAGCGACCCUAUGAAUGCCUCAUAUGUGAGAAAAGCUUCAGUGAGAAUUCACAGCUUCUAUCACAUCAGAGAACCCACACAGGAGAGAGACCCUAUAACUGCCCCGAUUGCGGGAAAAGCUUCCGUCAUAGAUCAGUCCUUAUUGAACAUCAGAGAAUCCACACGGGAGAGAAACCCUACAAAUGCAAUGAGUGCGGGAAAAGCUUCAGUCGGUUCUCUCACCUUCUGUCACAUCAGAGAACCCACACAGGAGAGAAACCCUAUAACUGCCCCGACUGUGGGAAAAGCUUCAGUGAAAGCUCAACCCUUAUUCAACAUCAGAGAAUCCACACGGGAGAGAAACCCUACAAAUGCAAAGAGUGUGGGAAAAGCUUCAGUCACGUCUCACAUUUCCUAACACAUCAGAGAAUUCACACAGGAGAGAAACCCUAUAACUGCCCUGACUGUGGGAAAAGCUUCAGUCACAACUCGACUCUUACUCAGCAUCAGAGUAUCCACACAGGAGAGAAACCCUACAAGUGCAAUGAGUGUGGGAAAAGCUUCAGUCGGAUCUCACGCCUCCUAUCACAUCAGAGAAUCCACACAGGAGAGAAACCCUAUAACUGCUCUGACUGCGGGAAAAGCUUCCGUCAGAGGUCAGUCCUUGUUACUCACCAGAGAGUCCACACAGGGGAGAAACCCUUUCAAUGCCCAGAAUGUGGAAAAAGCUUCACUGUGAGCUCAACCCUUACUAAACAUAGGAGAAUCCACAGUGGAGACAGUCCCUAUGAGUGUACUGACUGUGGGAAAAGCUUCAGUCAGAAUUCACAGCUUCUAUCACAUCAGAGAACCCACACAGGAGAGUGACCCUAUAACUGCCCCGAUUGCGGGAAAAGCUUCCAUCACAGCUUAGUCCUUAUUGAACAUCAGAGAAUCCACACGAGAGAAAAACCCUACAAAUGUGCUGAGUGUGGGAAAAGCUUCAGUUGGAUCUCAGGCUUCCUAUCGCAUCAGAGAAUCCACACUGGAGAGAAUCCACCCUAUAACUGCCCUGACUGCAGGAAAAACUUUUGUCAGAGGUCAGUCCUUGUUGCUCACCAGAGACUCCACACAGGGGAGAAACCCUUUUAAUGCCCAGAAUAUGGAAAAAGCUUCACUGUGAGCUCAGUCCUUAUUAAACAUAAGAGAAUCCACAGUGGAGAAAGACCCUACGAGUGUAUUGACUGGGAACGGCUUCAGUCAUAUCUCACACUUUCAAUCACAUCAGAGAACCUCCAUUGCAGAGUCACCUUAUAAAUGCCCUGACUGUGGGAAAGGCUUUCGGCACAGCUCAGACCUCAUGACACAUAAGAGAAUCCAGAGAUCACAAAACCAAGAAUUGUCCUGGCUGGGGAAGGGCCAAGUGAAUAACACCUUUGCCAGUUCCCACAAAUCUCAGAGGGUCAGGCCAGGCCUGGCAGGAGUGGCCAUGUAAUGAGGACAUGGUGUAGUUAUAAAGCAGAAAAUGAAAUCACCUUCCUGGAGCAAAGCUGUGGAGAACGAGAAUCUGAGAUGAGACUUCCACGUUGUGAUGCUUUUUAUUAUAAUUUUCCAGAUGCUUCCAUUCAGGUUAUCUAUUGAAAUUUGGUCUUAUAUACCUAGAAUCAUCCCUAUCUUAUAUGCUGUGACUUUGCAUUAACUCUUGAUAGUAUUUUAGGUUGGUAUCCACCGAGGGACUUAGGCGCUGUGACACUCAGUAUUGCAGAAACUAAAUUUUUUGGCACCUAGCAAAUCACAGGAACAACACCAGGAUCAACAAAGCCUGAGUUAGGAGCACCAGCUCCCACUCUACAAUAAAUGAGAGGUGCCGUAGAAUGAGAUUCACAAAAGCCAGCAUGCUACGUAGGGCACUGCCUAAGCUAGCCAAUGGAAGAUGAUGACCAGAGGGAUGUGUGCUAAACCUCACCCCUCCCAGGGGCAUAGGAACCUAUCUCUGUUUGUGAUUGACAAACCAGGGAAGGUAGAUGCGGUGGGGCCUGGUCCAGUAAGUGUGUUCAGAAGCUGCCUGAGUCCACCCAAAACAGUGAGGAAAAUCCUCCUAAGAACAUCACCGGACGAAGUUCUAGCAUUUGAAUGUGACAACUUUUUAACUGAAACUGAUGUGGUGCUGAUUUAAACUGCCUGCUUGCACCUGUAACCGCCAGUUACUUUUCACACCUUGUCUAUGUAGUGCUGAGCUGACUUUAAUUGUCUUAUUAAUUAUCUGCCUUACUGCCUAAAAGAGCUACCCUUCAAAGCUUUGGUUUGGCAAGGACAUAACUAAAUCUCCGCUGUGCUUAUUGUGUUAUCCCAGCUUUGUGGAAAUCCAUUGCUUGAUGGUUAAUUUUCUUUUGUUGUCUUGUUUCAACUCAAUUCCUAACUUUAAGUGCUACUGAGAUCUAGCAACUUUGUCAAUCACUGUUCUGCUCUUGCCUGUAUCUUGGGUUAUGGCUACACUAUGAGGCUUUUAGCGACACGGCUGUGCUGCUACUGCCAGGCCGCUAAGAGGCAUGCAGCGUAGCUGCUGUUUGUCGGCAGGAGAGUGUUCCUGCCGACAAAGCGCUGUUCACACCGGUGCUUUUUGUCAGUAAAACUUUUGUCAUUCGGGGGGGGGGGGGGAGGGGGGUGUUUUUCUAACACCCCUGAACAACAGAAGUUUUGCUGACCAAGUGCCAAUGUAAACAAACCCUUACACUCAUGCCCUCCAGCUGGGCUGCCUUUGCACGUGUGAGUGAGAAUUACCUGCCGGUGAAAGAAAUCUCCUCAGAUCUGUCUCCCUUGGGAUAUUACAGUGUGUGUGUGACCAAAGUUAUCUUCUAACUUCAGAUUCAUACUUUAAUCUUUACUUGUGUGGCUUCUAAACUUUAGAAUACUCUUACUUCUAAAAUAAUUUUAACUAUGUUGUUUGUGUUUUUAACUACAGAGUUGUCUCACGUGUUCCUAUUUUACACUCCAGACUAGCUUCAUUCCAGUCUUGGGGUGGGAACUUCAUUAGUUCCUAUUUUACCUUUGCCCAUUUUAAAUAACAAAAGCAGGGUACUUUGUGAUAGUUCUUUUUCUAUAUUUGAACAAUACAGUGUCACCCAUAGAUGUAUGGUAUUACCUUUAAUAAAAAAUAAAAGAUGUAAUAAUAGCUUUGCUAGCUUUUAUGAAGUUGACACUCCUUUCAAUUGUAUUGCCAUAUCAACCUAUCUAGUUUCAUCCAAAUUUAUUUUUAGGUUAAAAGUUAUCAAGUUGAAUUGUUUAUUUUGGGACAUCCCUUAUGCACAGGAAAAAGAAGCCUGGGUAAAUUUUUAUGUGGUUACUUCCUGAAUGCAUUAAUAACGAUGAUCAAUAAUUCCAUGUUUUCUUUGCUUUUCCUGAACCAGCCCGCUGAGGAGCAAUUAAUUAACAAUUCCAUCUAUUUAUUGUUUCUCCUAAUUAUCAGUUUUGAUAAUUGUUUCAUUAUUUUAGUAAUUUUACUUUGAAUAUUACCUGGCAACCAACCCUUUUUUGCCUCACGCUCCUUUCAUUCUGGGGAAGCAUCUGAAUCCCUGGUUUAUAAAUCAUUGCCCUGGGCACUUGGACAGGUUAAAGGAGCUGUUUAACCACAGUCUGAUUAGCUGCAGUGAAUAGGCGUCUGGUAGACUGAAGGGAAGGAGGAGGAACCUCCUAACAAGGCUGGAGGCCACUGAGCAGUAUCUGCCUCUUGUCAUAGGUGAUUGCUGAGUUUUGCUGAACAUCUGUGAAAGCCAGGGGGAGAUCCUCACUGAUGGCUGGGAAGCAGAGGGGGAGAGAAUUUCCCUGUUCUGAACAGCCAGAGAGGGGACCUGUGUCAAGUGCCCCAAGUGGUCCAGGACAUGGAGUCAGAUGUGUUGUGCUCCAAAAAUGUCAGACUGUAGUUGUAGAAAAUGAAUGUUCUGUAAGAAGAAAUGAAUGUAGUGUGUUUGUGUAAAGAUUAAUAAUUAAUGUUAUGUGGGGGAAGGGGAAAUGUACUGCAGCAAUUUUUUUUAAGCUGAAUUGAAUGUGAUGAAACCUCUGUUGAGUUAACAUAAUGCAGUGGAAACUUCAGACCAAUGGACCUGUGGAGAAACAUGCCCAGACUCCUGAGCGCACACAUGGCUGUGCUGAUGAGCUCACAAAAAUGUGUAGGUGGAAACUGUUCUCCUUUUCUUGGAGGGUAGAAUUUGUGGGAGGAAAAGGGGACUCCCAGUGUCCUGUGUUCUCCACAGGCUGCAGGAUGGCUUGGUUGAGGUGCUGGAUGUGAACAUAGCUCCACAGUGUUUUCCAGCAGAGGUGGUUGCUUCUGCAUGAUGUCCAGGAUCCUUUCCUGCAUCUCCUUUCCUUUGUCCACAAGCUCCCUUGAGUGCAGGGGUAGGUGUAUUCUGUAGGUAAGGCAUAGGUAUAAGUUAAGGCAAUAAUGCAUGGAGCCUGUGAUUGGGUGGGGGGUACCCCAUCCAGUGUGUGGUGAGUGCACCCCAUCCCAUGAAUAAGUCCUCAGGACAGCUCUUGAGUCCGGGCCAUGACACCUAAUGGUCAGAGUCUGUAGACUUGCCCUCAUUCUCAGGGCCAUAAGGCCCAAUGGCCAGACUCAAUAGGGUUGCCCUUGCUCUCAGGGCUGCUAGGCCUAGCGUCGAGAGUCAAUAAACUGACCCUUACUCUGAGGGCUGUAAGGAUGCCCCAAAAGCUUUAGCAAAAGUAGUUAAUCAGGAGUAACCCUCAAACAUAAUAUAGCACAAGACAGAUUGCUGUAAUGCCCAAACUGCUGACAGGAAACACAAAAUACUGGUUUAUACAAGUCUGGGAUAUUUUAAGUUAGGAACAUAAGCAAAUGUCUGACCACGAGAAUGUUAUGGUAACUAAUGGAUGUGUAUGCUAAUGAACUUUAGGUAACAGGAUUAGUUUCCUAUGGGAGAAGGCCACCUCUACAUUAGUAAGGUGAAGAAAUACAGAUAAGGAAAAUGGGCUAAAAUCCUUACUGAAUAUGCAUUAGGCAUUAUUAAAAAUUGUAUCCUGGUCUUUGUGCUUUGAGAGAUGUAGGUCUUGGAAGAUGCCAGGAUGAUGACCACUGAUGAUGGUGACAAGGAAAAUGAUUAUGAUGAUUGAUUGGAUGAUGCUGAGAAAAAUAAUGACAGAUCUUUGGGGUUGUUCUAAAAGGAAUGAUAUGACUAUGUGCAUUCUGUAUUAUCCCUAUCUACCUUGAUUGGCUGGAGUGUUUGUAACUUUGCUAACUCUAUUAAUAAAACUAUUGAAAAUUC